AAAAAUAGUCACAUAUGCGAGCGAACAACCAAAACGCUGCUGAACGACUGACUGAUGUGAACCACAACACACACGCACACACACACACACACACACACACACACACACACACACACACACACACAAAAACACACAUACACAGCAGCCACCAUGUCCGAGGAUGCAGCAGGCGACAACCUGCCAGCCCUGUUUGCCAAGGCAAUGAGCUGUUGGCAGGACGUGCGCGCCGGCAAGGACCCACAGAAACGGCUCGACGAGGGGUUGGCCAGCGUCAAGCGAGCAGCGCACUUCUUGCUUCACCUCAACGUCUUCAGCGACAACGAGGAACACACGGAACACAGCACCUUGUCUCUGAGGUAUCUUGCCAUCCCAUUCAUUCAUGCGGAGCUGCUGUCGAGGAAGUUCCCAGCGGAGCGGGACCCAGAAGUCCGCGACAAGGAGCGCAUCACAUACGUCGUGCGGGCGCGGGAGCUGUACCAGCAGUUCAUCCGCAACCUGAGAGACAUGGAGUUUCCUUUCGCUGCACCCAAGGUUGUUGAUUAUUAUCUCGAGGCCAAGCCAGGCAACAGGCGGGAGCGCGACACAAAGAUUGCACAUCUCAAGGCAAUGAAGGCUGCGGAAUCCACGCUGCAGGAGAUUGAGGAGGUGGUCAAGUCGAAGGACCUGGACGAGGACGACGAGAUGCACCGGGAGCACAUGAUGGCACUGCUCCACUCAUAUCUCCUCAAGGCCUGCGACCAGGUCGAGAACGUUGGAGUUGAGCUGUCGAUGCUUGAGCACGUGGUGCGCAUGCGGGCUGCCGGUGAGCACCCGCCGUCGUCGCAGCAGCUGCGGGACGAGGCCAAGCAGCGCAAGCCAGAGCCCCCACUCGUCCUCACCUCAGAUGCCGUCAAGAGCAUGGCGGCGUCUGGGAAGACGAUCAACCGGGCGAACUUCAAGCUGCUGACGCGCGGGUACGGCCCCAUUGGCGCUCCCACCAUGACGAUGGAGGAGGUGGCGCAGAUUGAGAUGCAGCAGGCCAUGGAGGCGCAGCGCAGGCAGCAGCAGGAAGAAGCACAGGCGCAGGAGGUUGAUCCGGACUCUGAGGAGGCGAGCGUGGCAGAGACGUACAAGUUGCGUGCACAGGACGAGUGGAACGACGACCACCGCCGCGGCGAAGGAAACAGAUACAACAUGGGCUGAUGGGUCUCACGCCGCACCACAUCACAGCUUGUUUGUUUGUUUGUUUGUUUGUGUGUGUGUGUGUUGUGUGUAUGUGUUUGAGUGAGUGGUUUGGUAUGGUUGCGUGUGCGUAUGUGUGUGUGCGUAUGUGUGCGUAUGUGUGCGCGCGUGAUUGACUUUCCAUCUGUACAUCUGUGAUGAUGACAUGACGUGUGUGGGCGCUUGCUUGCUCGCACGUGAGUUUGGUGUGUGUAUUCGCCCUUGCCCAUAUCCUCGACCCUCUGUUGUCUGUAAGUUUGCAACAUGAUCCCCCACUGUGUAAUGGAGAGAUUGAAACCAGGAACGUUG